GCUUUUGCGCGAUUUUUUGUUGAGCCCUCGGCUUUGCACGCCAUGGACUGGAUGAGCUGUUGGUCCAGCUGCUGGCGGCUUCUGUCGCGGCAAGAAAUCCAGAAUGGCACGGUGGUGGAGGAGCUGUACCUGGACAGGGCCGCCUUUGAGGAGAUCGUGACCUUCAUGUCCUCCGUGCCGCUCUUCAAGAACCAGCUGCCCCGCUCAGAGCUCCCCAAGGUGGCGAUGAAGCUGAAGCGAAAGGAGUGGGCUGUGGGCAGGGACAUCGUCAAGCAGGGCGAUCUAGGCAAGGCCUUUUACCUCAUCAUGUCGGGGGAGGCCUCCGUGCUCACUGCCGGGCCUGAGGAAGGCGAGCACGUGCGCGCCGUGCUCAGGAAGGGCGACUACUUCGGGGGCCGUACCUUGCUGGAGGACCGCAACAACGUGGCCACCAUCCGAGCCCAUGGCAAGGAGACCCUGGUCACGCUGUCCAUGUCCCGGAAAGCCUUUCAUGACUCAGGCAUCCAGCAGCACUUGCGAUUCCCCAAGCGUGCGGCCAUCCAUACGGAGCACCCCACGGCCUGCGCACAGAGCGAGAUCGCAAAAGGUGAGAAAAGCGCAGAGGAGGUGACCUUCAUUGCGCAAGCGGUGCGGCGGAACACCAACCUCAGGGCGCUCCUGCAGGUGACCGAGGAGCAGCUGGAGACCAUCGCCCGGGCGGCGGAGCGAAGGAUCGUGCAGAAGGGCCAGGAGGUGGUGCGCUGCGGGGAGGUCGGCGAUGAGUUCUUCAUCAUAUACAAGGGCUCCUUCGGCAUCAUCAUCAGUUGCCCCAGCAGCCGCUCCGCAGAGGAGACGGUGGCCAUGAGUUCCAUGUCGGAGCGCCUGCUGCGGAAGCAGACCUUUCUGCAGAGGCUAUCACAGCCCAGCCUUUGCGGGGCUUUUGGUCGAGCACACUCGACCCUGCUAACGCCAAAACAGAAGGAGGAGCUACCGGAGUCGACAAUGUUCCUCCGCGGCGUCUCCGGACCGUCCGAGGCCAUGCGCCCGAGCCUGCAGUCGCCCUUGCUGCCUCCUCGACGCAGGAGUCCAAGAGGCGCGAGGUACGGCGACGACACUUCGCCCACGGAUCGCUUCCCUUGCUCGCAGAUCAAGGAGAACGAGUCCCCAAAGGUGGAUCCGGAGGAGGGCUUCAGCGACCAGGAUAGUACUGCCAGCACUUCCCCUUCAAGUCGCCGUCAUGAGAUCUUGACCAGCGGCGAGAGCUUCGGCGAGCUAGCGCUGCUGUACAACAUGCGGCGAGAGGCCACCUUCCGCGCGCGGGAGGACUCGGUGGUCUACGUGGUGAGGCGCCAAGCCUGGGAAACAUGCUUCACCCGUCGCGGGCAACGCUUCGAUGAGUAUUGCGCUCUCUUAGAUGAGGUGAAUGCGCUGGAGCCUCUGCUCAGCUCGGAGCGAUGGGAGCUGGCCUGCAACGCCACAGGCUUCGUGCACUUCAAGCCCUGGGAGCGAGUGCUGACGCAGGGCAAGGUGCGACAAGCCAGGCAGUGGUACGUCAUCUACGGCGGGAGCGCAGUGAUGAAGCUGGACAGGGAAGACGGCAGCUGUCAGCAGCUGGCUGAGGUCUUCCGGCCAGGCUGCUUCGGGGAGCGCUCGCUGUUGCGAGGGGACGCCGCCUAUGACGUCAACGUCUUGGCGGGCGCCGAAGGGAUGACGUGUCUCACCUUCAACGGCGAGACCAUCCGCGUGUUGCUGACCAGAAUCUACACGGAGUCGCCGGGCUUUAUCCCAGAUAUCUAUGCGGAUGUCGAGGAAUGGUGCCAGCUGAAAGCUAGGAGGCGCGUGAACUCGGAAGCUAACCAGCUGGGGCCCUCCAACGCCAAGGAUUCCUUGGAGAAGUUCGCAAAGUUGGGGCUUUUGGGCCGGGGCGCGUACGGGGAGGUUUUGCUGGUGGAGGACACGGUGCGCAAGAAGCCUUACGCGCUCAAGGUGAUGUCAAAGGGCCACAUCCAGCGGAAGGGCGUGGUACGACAGGUUCGUUGGGAGCGGGAGCUUCUGUCAAUGGUCGACAGCCCUUUCGUGAUUCGCUUGCACCGGACGCUGUCGGACAAUCAGCACAUCUUCUUCCUGAUGGAAGCCGCGCUGGGGGGAAAUCUCAUGGAACUCCUGCACACCCACUCCGAGGUCUUCAUGGAGGACCGGCCCCGGGGCUCGGCGGCGGCCUUUUACGUGGCCUGCAUCGUCCUGGCCCUGGCGCACCUCCACGAGCGCUUCAUCGUGCACCGAGAUGUGAAGCCAGAGAACGCCAUGCUGGACGAGCGCGGCUACGCCAAGCUCUGCGACAUGGGCUUUGCGAGAUUCGUGCUGAACAAGACCAAUACCCUGGCGGGGACGCCCGAGUACAUGGCGCCGGAGAUCAUCGAUUACCCUCACACCCACGACCGUGCCGUCGACUGGUGGGCCUUAGGCGUUCUCACAUACGAGCUCCUGUCCGGGCAGACGCCCUUUUACGACGAGGGCAUGGCGGAGCCCGCGGCGCAGGCGCUGGCCAUCAGGAGGAGCCAGGAGGAGGCCUUCACGGAGGGCUUCUUCUUCCCGUUUCACUUCCCCAGUAUUGCCCGGAACUUUGUCCGGGAUCUCUUGACCAAGUGCCCUGAGCGACGCUGUGAAGUGGCUCAGGGUCUUCAGGAGCACUCCAUGUACAGGCAGAUGGACUUCAGUUUCGCAGAGCUGCGGCAGCGCACGCUCCACAGCCCCUUCUGCCCCGAAGUUUCCAUCCCCGAGGCCAAUACCAAGCAGCCAGCCUCAUUUUCCCUGGAGAACGACCCAGAGCUGUACAGGCCUGUGGACAAUUUCAGGGAGGACAGCUUUGUCUAGUGAGUUGCAUGUUUCUAUUUUUCGUCGCCGUCUCACCAAGAGAAAGGACGCCCUUCCGCCAAGCGCCGGGUGUUUUCGGAGCGUCGCGCUUGUGCAGGGGGCUCUUAGCCUUGUAUCAGGUAGGCCCUCAGUGGAUGGGUGGCCCUUCCCUGGAAACCACCAAAUCCGUUCGCCG